AUAUACUUCCUUUUUACAUUGUUAAAGGCAUAUUGUCAGUUCGCUUACCAAUUAUAAUAUUCUCAUGAUAUGUGAAAUGCAAUUCAGAAUAGCAACUAAAGCGUGGUUAUAUGUAAGUUUUAUUAAAUCUUCUAAAUGAUGAACCUCAAUUGGAUAAUAGAGCUGUGCGCAGUUUUGAUUUCAGCAGAAUGUGUCCAGUCAAAUGAUCCACUAAUAAACGUUCGACCACUGUGUAGAUCAAACUUGGAAGUUACUUGUAAUGCGAGUAGUGGACUUUACGGAAUGUGGACAUUUUAUAGAAGUCGCACUGGUUCUGAAGACAUGGAAAACAUGGGAAAGAUAGUUGAUAAUGAACAAGAAUGCCAAGUCACUACCCUAAAAACUACACAAUCAACGCAUUGUAUUUGCAUCGACGCCAAUCAUGUCACGUGCAAUAUAUUCGAUUAUAUGAUUGCUAAACCAGGUGACAGAUGGCAAUGUGCUAGACAUGUAAAUGGAUCUUCACUUGUAAGCGUGCCCGACAUAUUACCGAUUGAAGAAAUCAUGGGUUGUACAACGACAACCAGUCUAGGCAAGGUGACACACGAAGCAGUAAGUUUAUCUUCAAUGUUAACACGUGUUUACACUGACUCAGCAGCAGUCAUCUUACCAGUGGAAGCGCACACUACACAACUUGGAGAAAUCAACGUCUCUGCACCAGAAAUGUCAAGUUCCACAACACUGAAGGUCGACACAACUAUUUCAAGUGAAAGCAGAGAAUCGGACGGUGUACAUGUUAAUUCACUUUUGAACAGAGACUUUAUAAUAAUCAUGGCAGCUGCGGGUGUGACGGUGUUUAUUGCAGCGAAUGUAUCGUUUUGUGUAUAUUGGAAAUUCAAAACACAGUCCAGAGAAAGAAAUCAAUAUGUUUGGAACGAUACUAUUUCUUCCCGUUACAAUACCGAGACUAUGCCCAUUAGUUCGGAUAUACAUCAGGACGAGAACACGGACGCAAGUUACCAUGAAAUAUCUGAAAUACAUGCACAACUUGCUGGUGUGUCCACAAUUUUGCAAACAAUGAACACACUCAGCGCCCAACAUGAAAAUACUGUCGUUGAUAUCGAUGCAAGUUCUCAACUUAGUUCAGCAAUAAAACAGGUUACACUUGGAGCGGAGACUGAUAUACAAAUGCCUGAGACUAUGGACCCUCUAAGAGCAAAGCAUCUACCAAUGUCAUUUGUCGCAUUGGCCGAAAUUAAUAUGGAUGAUAUUGCUUCCAUGGAUUCAUACAAUUAUAGGAGAGACGUGAAGAGUGUUCGUUACGAGAAAUUAGACCCAUCUAGCAGGGAUGAUAAAACUCAGUACAACACACUUGUUUGAAGAUAGCAGAGUUUAUUGACGCGUAGUACGUGAAUUUAAAGACGGACGAGACGCAUUCGAUAUUUCAAAAGUCAUUUGUGAACUGAGAUGUUUAGAAAACUUGUUUCCGUCUUUCCCUGAUGUACCGCAUCAUAACAUGUUAAGUCUUUAACUGUGAUUUGUGUUUUGUUUUUAAAUCAGAGUUCUUAAUUCUGUACUAUUCCACUUUUGUUUAUAUCCCUGCGAUCGGAAUUUUCAAAGCAUAAGCUAUAUUGUCAAACAAUUUGUUAAUUCUUUCACUUUAAACUUAUUCAGUGUUAAUGAAUCAUAAUUUGAAGAACCACAGCGAUGUAUUUGUGUACUUUUGAUUCAAUAAACAAUUAAAGUCGUUUUACGUAGGUUGUUAAGGUAUUUCUUAAUGCCAUAAAUAUAGGAUCUGGCACGAGUUGUCAUAUCAUACCAUAUUUUAUUAAACGAGUUCAGGAAUUUUGUUAGUAAGCGAGCCUUUGGCGAGCUUACUAACGAAUUUCCUGGACGAGUUUAAUAAAAUAUGGUAUGAUAUGACAGCGAGUGUCAGAUCUUUUUUAUCAUAUGUUUUUAAAUGAGCAAACUAAAUGAAUAUUUACGCAAACAUAAUGAUAAAUCCUGAAUGUUGUUUACAUUUCGUGAUGUAAUUUGACGUUGCAACGUCAUUUCAGCAAAAUAACAAAAUGCGAUUGGUCAAUAAACGAAAACUAAGCCAAUGAAAACGCUAACAAAUGUUGUACAUGUAUUACACAUGUGUAAUAAAAAAAUGUAAUAGUUAUAUAACAUGGGAAACAAGGUAUGGCAUGUGAUAAAGUAAAUUAUGUUUAAAGUAAACUAGUUAUGUGUGUGUUUAUAUUUUAUUUGCAAUCGUAUGUCAACCCAACUAUAAAUACAACUUCAUGCGCGACGAUCGCAAUGUUGUCGAAGAUUGUGUAUUCGUUAUUAUGUCCUUUUUCGACACUGUCCGUUUUCUCAUUUAGGAAAU